AUUCAAAACAUCACGUUCUUAGAACUUAAAACUAAAUUGACAAACACAAAAUUUCAAGCUAGGGAUAUGUCGGCAUCAAAAGCAACAAUGCUCAUUUUGUUCGCUCUCUUUCUUUCCGACAUAUUGUUGGUGAGCAUUCCUAGAGCUGAAGCUCAGUUGAUAGUUCCAUGCAAGACAUCAGAACAAUGUAAAUCGAUUCGAUGUUCUAAUGGAAGCGCACAAUGUGUGAACAAACAAUGCCAAUGUCCAAGCCUCAAACAGAUUUACUCGGUGACGGAUGUGUCGUGCAAGACGGUCUCUGAUUGUGUUGCUUCUCAUCAAUGCCCGACUGGUUUAUCUGCUUGUAUUGAAGGAAAAUGUAUUUGUUUGCCUUAGUAUGUUCAAAUUAUAUUAUUUAAUAUAUACCUACAAGUUAAUUUUUAAAAA